AUGCGUGACAGACUCACAGUGGGCACGGAUUCAGUUGCCGACGAAGCACUCACACUCACAUUUCCAAUCCAUCCAUCACGAGGAGGAAACAGAAGAUGGGUAGGUUACGUGACGGUGGAGCAGAGCGGAGCUGCUGUGCUGCCGCACCAGAUUCUCCUUUCUACUACUAUUUCUGUAUAUGGCUGGCUGGCACUCACCGGCAGCUUCAAACAGCCGGCGAAAAUGACUAAUCGUGAAUCUUUGCCUCUUGCUUACACGUGGCUGACAGUGAUUCGAGACAGACAAGCACCAUGCAAUGCUCCUGACUAUGACGUUUCAUUUUCCCCACCUUCUCUCCUUAUCAAGAAACAGAAGACGGCAGUGUCGUUGGCCACCGGUGGGUCCCUGCCGUCGAUCGUGACCAGUUGCCGGUUUCCCACCAUCUCCCUCCAACCAUACAAUACAAUACAUACAUAA